AUGAGUGGCAGAAACCGUUCUGGCCCUUUAGCCAGCCAGGUGUGCUGUGCCUUGUCCUUCUGCAGACAGCCACCUCGUGUGCUCAUUGUGGACACAUCGCCACCCUGGUGGUCAGAAACAUGUUCUGUCCUGUGUGAAGCACUUGAAAACUUCUUCUCUCUAGCAAGCGCUCUGGAGGGACCAAGCCGAGUGCCUCUGCUCAGUCUUUACGCAGUGAAUCUACAGCUGGAGUGCCUGCUGCCAUUUGUGCAGGUGAAGAGUAAUCUUGUACGCCUGCAUUCGUGUGUGGAGGAGCUGCGCUCUCUGCCUACAGAGGGCUGCAUUCGACCACGGCCCGAACUGCUUAAACAGGCAGUACUGGACAGCCUGCAGCAGUACAAGCACUACGCUCACCAUUCCACACUGGUGAAUGACCUCAAGAGCAGCUCUGUAGAGGUGACGGUGAUGAGCAGUCAGCCAGGCCGGGCUGUACUGAGGCAGCUGGAGCAGGGUCUCAAAGACUCAGACUUGGUGAGUCUGCGCCGGCUGCUGGUUGUCCAUAUCGCUGUGGAGCAGAGCCUUCCAGAGAGAGAGCUAAUCUGGAGCCCAGAGCCCUGUUCUACAGAACACAUGGGACGAGAUCUGAUGUUAGGAGCAGAAAUUGACCUUCAGUUAGUGGAGAACAGUGUGGUUGCAGUGGAGAAUGUUCUAAAAGCAUGGCUGCAUGACCAAGCAGGAGAAAGAGAACAGCUUCAGCUGCUCUUACCUGCACCUGAACAGACGCUCAGCCCGAAAACCAACCCUGCUCACAAGCCUAAUCCUGUGUGUAUAAAGUGUGACAUGCAGGAAAGGCUGGUGAGUCCUGCCCUUCUACCUGGCACACCUGACCUUGGAGCCAAAACUGAGAGCGUCCGGGACUUCCAGCCCCCUAACAAGAGCCUGUCCAAUAAGAACCCCCCACCUCAACGACUACGAGUCGUCAAAGCUUUGCAGGCAGAUGGAGUGUGUCAGUCUGUGCUGUACGGUCUUCCACUGAUCAUCAGACCUACCACCUGCUGGCAGCUAGACUGGGAUGAGAUGGAAAACAACCACCAGACCUUCCACGCUCUCUGCCACACACUCAGAACUCGUGACUGGUCUCUCUUGGUGCGUUUGGAGCCAGAGUUUGGUUCUGGAUCCCGUGUGUUUUCUUACUACAUACUCCAGUCCUCUGCCUCACUCUCUCUGUUACUUAAGCCUAUCCUCACACGAGAACUAAUGCUGCCCUACAAUCUGCCCACCUCUAAUGAGGAUCCACCACUGAACACUCUCACUGUGGUGCAGAGAUGCCUGGAGCAGCUGGAGGAGGACCCUGUGUUUAACCCUCUGUGCCUGCGCACCAACCUCUACCCACAGCUGAAGAUGAGAGGCCUGGUGUCCCGCUCGUACGGAUCUCACUCACAGAACCAGGGACGAGGCCAGCGCAGAGAGCGCCCAGCAGAGGGCUCCACACCACGGCAGCAAGGACGUGUGAGAGCCACUGUGGCCCCUCUUGCUUCUGCCCCCCCAAGUAAGAUGUCUCGCCCCCCUUUGACCUUGAGCCACUCCCGUGCCCGUGCCCCCUCGCUCUGCUUCCUGGUCGACGAUGGGGAUAAUGACUUGCCAAUAUGA